AUGUCCUAUCCUCAGGGUUACCUCUACCAGCCCCCGGGCUCUUUGGCACUCUACUCCUGUCCAGCUUACGGGGCUUCGGCGCUGGCCGCUCCAAGGAGCGAGGAGCUGGCAAGGUCUUCGACCGGUUCAGCUUUUAGCCCUUACCCAGGAUCGGCGGCUUUUACAGCCUCGGCCAGUGGCUUCUCCAGCCCACUGCCGUACUCGACAGAUCCAGCAACGGGUUUCCCGUCGUACAUGGGAUCGCCUUACGACGCACACACAACAGGCAUGGCAGGAGCGAUAAGUUAUCACCCGUACGGAAGCCCUGGAUAUCCGUACCAGCUCAAUGAUCCAGCGUACCGAAAGAAUGCCACCAGAGACGCGACAGCUACCCUCAAAGCUUGGCUUCAGGAACAUAGGAAAAACCCUUAUCCCACUAAAGGGGAGAAGAUCAUGUUGGCCAUUAUCACCAAGAUGACCCUCACACAAGUCUCCACAUGGUUUGCCAAUGCCAGGCGGAGACUCAAGAAAGAGAACAAAAUGACAUGGGCACCGAGGAACAAAAGUGAGGACGAGGAUGAAGACGACGCAGACGCGGAGAGGAAAGAUGACCGUACAGAAAAGAACCUUGACAACAGCGAGGCCUCUGCCGAGGACGAAGGAAUUAGUUUGCACGUUGAUGCCCUGACAGACCACUCUUGCUCAGCGGAAUCCGAUGGCGAGAAGGUCACCUGCAGGAUUGGGGACCUGGUUUGCGAUUCUGGACCUGAUAUCAAGGACAAAUGUGAUGCGAACGACCGUGACACACAGCACGACGAGCGCCAGAGAGGCCUGUCACCCAAGCCGGUGACAUCAUCACCACUGACUGGAGUGGAGGCCCCGUUGUUAAACCACCAACACCGUGAGGAUACCCGCAGCAACAACAACAAAGCUUGUCUUGACAGUCGAAUAACCUCAGAACCCCCGAGUCAAACCGUCAAGCCUAAACUGUGGUCAUUAGCAGAGAUAGCGACUUCGGACCCAAAGCAGCACCUGGGGCAAAACUGUCCUUCAGGCGUUGGCCUACUGACACCAGCGUCCUCAGGCACUUCCCCAGCCGGCGCUGUCUACUCUGCCUCCUCCAUCUUGGGGAGACCCCUUUACUACACAUCGCCGUUUUAUAGUAAUUACACAAACUAUAGCAACUUUAGCCCGCUCCAGGGCCAAGGGAUUCUGAGGUACAACGCGUCUGGAGUGACUUCUAACGAGGGACUUCAACAGACUGUUCUUAAUGCAAGCGCUAUUCACAAACAGGGCACUGACUCUCUCCUUAAGACUAACUCGAACCACAUUGAGCAACACUUCAGGCCCUCAAACAUAGAGUCCAAGAAAGCAGACCCAACUGAAGGGUGCACAGUAGGACCUCAGUCUUACCUAUCAAGUUAA